AUGUCUCUUGCACGCGCAUUUACAACGAGGAAGGCGAAGAAGCAGCUCGAUGUCGGUCCUCCUUCACCAACUGCGCAACGAUCCAUGGCUCCCAAGUUUGCGUAUGGAACUAUUAAGCGCUCACAAAUUUCUGGACCAACUGAGCUUCUUUCUACCACCAAUAUGUUGUCAUACAAUGCUCCAGAUCUCUACCCAAAAGAUGCCAGUAAACGAAUUGCUUCGAGCAGCACCGCAUCAACUCAUUCUGGAGAAGAUUCAGAUACCUCACGGAUGACUAGCUCGACAAGUUUAACUUCGGCCGACACAUUGUCGAUCGAAUCUCGAUCACCAAUAACUCCAGCAGGAGAUAAUCUUUCGGCAUUUAACUUUGGCAAAAAGUCGAUUGAAAUCGCAUUUCGUGAUGAAGCACCCGGCAUCCCACAAAGAGCCCCUUCACACACUAAGAAGAACCACGAAAUCAUCUCGCGCAAAAACUCUAUCGCAAGAAUGUCGUCACCAAAAAGCGCUACCACAGCCAGAUCGACAAUACAUAUGUUUUCGGCAAAUGUUGAAGAAGCGGCAGCUGCUGAGCCGCAUCCUUUCGGCAACGAACUCGCUCAAGUCACCGAGAUUGCUGAAGAAUAUGGUAUCACCAAGGAAAUCUUAGCCGUUGUCGAUGAGGAAGAACAAGAGUUGAUAUCAAGAGGAUUAUUUAAAUUCAGAGCCGAAGACUACAUGAGCGAAAUCCAAGGAUUAUUCAUGAGUGCUUUCGGCGAAGUCAACCCUACCAUAGGACCGGUAUGGAUCUAG